AUGGCCAAGGCGCUGACCUCCAGGCGCGCCCCCGGCGAGCCCGUGGCUGAGCCGGGGCUUGGCAAGAAGGUAGCUCGGAAGAAAAGCAGGAAGAGGAGAUUCUGGAAAAGCCGAGGGCGAGAAGCGAGCAAGACACCGGGCUGCGGCCCCGGAGUCGCCGUGGUCCGACCUCCGAAGGCGCCGGAGGACUUCUCCCGCAACUGGAGGGCGCUGCAGCGGUACCUCCAGCGGACAGGAAGGCGCCGGCUCCCCGCACAGAGGUUAGCAGAGCGGGGCACGAUGGGAAGGGAGCCGAGAAAAGGACAAACGAUGAUACUUCUCCGAAAGGAGGAGACGCCAAGCGCAAGAAGUGGAAAGCUAAGGAGGCGACUUCUCUCCAUCACCUCCUCCCAGUGCUGUUUCUCCGUUUACUACUUUCCCCCAGGACGGAGGCGUGAUGAGGGCAGGGCCUGUUUGGUGCUGUUUCUUGAUCACCCAAAAAAGAAGAUUCGGGACACGCAGAAAUACAAACCUUUCAAGAGUCAAGUGAAGAGCGGAAGGCCAUCUUUGAAGCUGCUCGCGGAGAGAAUCCUGGGGGUCCGGGUGCAGCAGGCAGAGCACUGUUCGAUUCAGGAUGCCCAGGUGGCGAUGAGAUUGUAUGUCCUGGUGAAGAAGGAGUGGGAGAGUUCAGCCCAGGACAGGCGCCCCACGGCCCCCAUUCCAGACAGCCACAGCACCUCCCGUCCGCAGGCGGUUGUGACCACGCACAAGACAGCUCGGGUCUCCCCGUAG